AUGUCCUACUCCGAAAAGACUGCCAGCUCCAAGAAUCAAGUCUUUUGGCUUUGUGCACCUCGUUUCUUCACCAAACCUGCUCCGGUCCCCAAGAGCACCCGCAUCCCAUUGAAAAAAACUCGAAUCCUCAACUCCGAUACAAUCCCGCCGUGGGGUCCCCGGCUCGUUGACAGCUCCAGAUGCCGCCCUCAACAAGAAAAUUUUGCCCAUGUCGCGAUGAGCGCCAUGCAGCGCGCGCACACAAACGGUAGCCGUCGAGAGCCGAGACUCCAUCCGUGA